AUGGAGAAUGGAGUUGUGCUGAGUGGAGAUUAUAUAAAGCUAAGUAAUGAUAAGAUUAAAAAAGUAAACAAAAGUAAUUUUGAACAGAUUUAUGAUAAAGAAUAUGAAGAUUUAUAUAGAAGUAAAUGCUCAGGUAUUAUGCUAAAAACACCUUACUAUCCAUACAAAUAUGAUAUUAUGAAUACUAGCCAUAAAUAUAUACCAAAGAUUGGUGAUUUAGUUAUAGGGAUAGUAAAAUCCAAAAAAUUAGACUAUUAUCAAAUGGAUAUAAAUAGUAAUUGUGAAUGUAUUAUACAUAAAAUUGAAAGUUUUAAAUAUGCUUCAAAAAGUAGUUUCCCAAAUUUAUUAAAUGGUACAUUAUUAUAUAUGAUUAUAGAGAAAAUAAAUUUAGAUAACAAUAUGGUCGUAGCUAGUUGUAUAAAUUCAGCAGAUGUAAAAUCAUGGAUAAAUUAUGAAAAUUAUUUAGGAGAAUUAGUCGAUGGAUUUUUAUUUGCUGUUAAUAUAUCAUACGCAAAAAGUUUAAUAGGAGAUAAAUGCUACAUUUUAGAUUUAAUCGGGAAGGAUAUAGCUUAUGAAAUAGCUAUAGGACACAACGGAUGGGUUUGGAUAAAAACAAAUGACCCACAGGAAACAAACAUGAUACGAACCGCAUUAAAGCAUUGUUAUGGAAAAACAAAUAUACAGAUGGCCGUAUUGUGGAAGUCGAUUUAUAAUUUAUACAAAAGAGGGAACGUAAAAAAAUAA